AGUAAAUUUGCUUUCACCAGCCAUCGAAGCCUGGGGCACUUGGACCAUUGAACCUAGCGUCGUCAACGAUAAUCAUGGAACGAGAAAGACUAGAUCGUUCGGCAAAAACAAAGGCCGGUCCUAUCGAAGAAGAUCACCACCAUGAAGCGCUGGAACAAUCUACGAAUGGAUCAGAACCGAUCUCACCUCUCGCGUUGCCGCUACACGAAACGAUAACGGAUUGCAGACCAGUGAACACCGGAAACGACAACCAAAACACAGGCGACAACAAUCAUUAUAGUUUGGGCCGACAGAAGUUCGGUGCAUUGCAUCCCUGGUUAGUGACAUUAUCCGUGCUUAUUUAUUGGACCUUUGUGUCUCUGAUACCUGUAUACAACAAAUACUUUUUCCAGGAGUCUCUGUUCCCGUAUCCUAUAGCUACGGCAGCAAUUCAGCUCGGGGUCGUUUCCGUCUUGUGCGCCGCCAUCAACAUUUUUCAGAAAUACUUCUUUUCUCCCGAAAAUUCUGGCAAUAGUUUUUGUGGCAAGACAUCAACCAACGUCGCUACCGAUACAAAAACUUCUGCCAGGGGGGCAUCAACAAAUACUAGUUUUGUCGUCGAGAGAUCAUGGAUUCUUGGACCCCAUUUUUGGUGGAAGAUGAAAUGGUGUUUUCCGAUUGGUGUAUUGUUCGGGGUAAAAUAUAGUGUCUCAAAUCUAGGUCUACACCUUGUAUCGGCGCCGACACAUUUGCUUCUGCAAUCCACUGAUCUGGUUUGGACCGUUCUCGGGGCACGGUGGAUCAACGGGGAACAAUCGUCGCUCCCAGAAAUGGUUUGUUUGGUGGGAUGCAUAGCAGGUUCAAUUUGUUUGAGCUGGCAGCUUUUGUUUGAUGGCAGCAACAACGGCGAGGAUUCGGCGCUGGCCGCGACCGUUGUUGCGAUCGCAAUCAAUCUGUCUUCACCGAUCUUGCUCGGCUUGUGUUUGUCGACCCUUCGAUUGGCGUGCACGGAGCUCAUGCGUCCCGACAACCGUGUCGGUGGAACCGUCUCUGCCAUCGAACUCACGUCGAUCAAGCUGGUGAUCAGUUCGUUGGUCGGGCUGGCAAUGGCAUGUUGCCUAGAGCGGGGUGCGACAGGCGAUGCGGCUGGCACGGAGCUCGACACCUGGUGGACUGCAUUUGCGGGCUUGGCAGCGUCGACACAACUGGGGGUCGUUUGCGGGGCGUUCCUGGUAUCCGUCUUUCAGGUUAACUGUACCUUCUUGACGUUUCUGACGUCUACGGUCGCCCUUGGGAUAGUGGGUCAGGUAAAGAUCAUUCCACAAUGGAUCUUUGCAUCAAUAGCCGGUGUCGGCGUCGAUAGUAGACCCACUGGCUUCUUUAGCGUGCUGGGAGCCAUCCUGGUAAUGUCCAGUGCCGCAGGUUUUGCGAUGUCGAACCUAGUGGCUGGAGCGACGACCAAUGGCCAUGAUCUGGCAUCGGAACACGAGGAAAAUUGCGACUUGACGACCACACGACAACCCGAAACGAGCACAAUAUCACCGGGCGAACAAACACCGCUCUUGAACUCGCCCGUUGAGAUGUCAUUUGAUGAUAGAUGUUGCCCACAAGCAAAAAUAAAGCCAACUCUAUGAAAUGGCUGUGAAACCACAAGUUUUGAACAAAACGAUGCAACGCUGCAUCAAUGCCCAGUUUCAUUCGCUAAUUGCUACGGAAAGCAUGACCUAGUUAUGGCGUUGAGUAGUCGCAUGAGAACGUAAUAUACCACUGUAGUCCUUGCUUCUACUAGUAAUUAUUUCUUGCUGGUAGUUCUCUUUGUAAUUUGGGAAUAACUGUCCUCGCAUUCA